CCCCACAUGGUUGUUUGUUAGCAAUCUGCCCGUUCUAGUUCUAUAUGAUGAGCGUCAACAAGAGCACGAAAGGAUGAACCUCAUUUCCUCAAUGCUUGCCUGGCAGAUUCUAUUUUCAAAGAGUUUAAAUUAACGUUAUUAUAGUGAUCAUAGUAUGUAACUUUAGUGCUUAGAGAGGCGAGUGUGUUAAUUAGAACGCAUGUAUAUCAAGCCAGAGGCAGUAGGAUGUUUGUUUCGUUUCUGUAACGAUUUCUGUUGUCCUAAUGUGAUAAAAGCUGAUGCCAUCAUGUUGGGAUAUUUAAUUUUUGCCCUGUUUCAGGGACUAAACCUUGGUGCAUACACUGAUGUUAAGGAUUACGAUUCUGUAUCUGUAUCUAUGCAUGUGGAUAGAGUAUACAGAAGAGUGAACGACCACUUUCUGUCGGUAGCGAUAGAUGCCAGUUUAGUCGCCGAAGAGAAGUACAUGUACCUUUUGGGCUCUCCGAAACUAAAAACUCUAGCAAAAGAACUGACCCCUGCGUUUCUGCGAUUUGGUGGAACGAAACAAGACUUCAUGAUAUUCUCUCCUGAAAACGAUUUAUUAAAAUCAAGGGACUUUACGAAGACUUCGGAAUUUCAUCAAGAGGACGUAUGUCAGAGACUGGAGUUACCCUUACUUCUGGAGGACAGGCUGAAGAAGGAAUGGGCCGAACAGGAAGUCCUCCUUCAGAAAGAGGAAAUGGAGGGCAUCUAUAAGAGAGUCAAGUUCUCAGAAUAUGCAGUAGACCUGCUCUACACGUUUGCAAACUGCUCUGGGUUUGACCUCAUCUUUGGAUUGAACGCGCUCCUCAGAACGCAGGGAAAUUCCUGGGACAGCAGGAAUGCGGAGUUGCUCCUGAGCUACUGUGAAUCCAAACAGUACAACAUGUCCUGGGAACUGGGGAAUGAGCCCAACAGUUAUGAGAAGAAGGCAGGGAUCCGGGUGGACGGGCACCAGCUGGGCCAGGACUUUGUCCACCUGCGUAAGAUCCUCCAGGAAUCCAAAUUUUACCAAAUGGCCAAGCUCUACGGUCCUGACAUCGGCCAGCCCAGAGACCACCGGAGAGACUUGCUGGAAGGGUUUUUGGAGAGUGGUGCAAAGGCCAUAGAUGCAUGUACUUGGCACCACUACUAUGUCAAUGGAAGGGACACUUCAUUGGAAGAUUUCCUCGACCCUGAAGUACUGGAUACCUUUGCUACAAAAACCAAUGAAGUCCUUCAGACCAUUGACCUGGUGUCUCCUGGGAAGAAGGUGUGGCUUGGAGAGACCAGUUCCGCAUACGGGGGUGGUGCUCUGGGGCUCUCCGACACAUUUGUUGCUGGAUUCAUGUGGCUGGACAAACUUGGCCUUGCUGCUAAACUGGGCCUGGAUGUCGUCAUCAGGCAGGUCCUGGUUGGUUCUGGAACGUACCAUCUGGUGGAUGCUAACCUUGACCCACUUCCUGAUUAUUGGCUGUCAGUUCUGUACAAGAGGCUGGUUGGACCGGAGGUGCUGGAUGUUGCGUUCACCAUCAAUGGGGCAAGGAAACGAAGACUGCGCAUGUACCUGCACUGCACUAACAAGAGAGCCCCAAACCCCAAGACAGGCGCUGUCACCUUGUUCGCCCUGAAUCUGAGUCACGGCCCAGCAAGAAUUUCUCUGCCCUCCCAGUUUUCGAACAGCACGGUGGAGGCCUUUGUGCUGGAGGGCGGGGAGACUGGAGAACAUGGGUUGUACUCCAGGUCUGUCCGACUAAAUGGAGAGGUGCUGAAACUGGUGGAUGACAGAACCCUGCCCCCCCUCCAGGGGGCGCUCCUGCCCCCAGGGGACCAUCUCAAACUUCCCGCAUUCUCCUUUGCCUUCUACGUCCUGAGGGACGCCCACGCGCCGGGAUGCAGAUGAUGUUGAGCGGUUUGAACCGGUUUAGUCAACCGACAUCUACCGAGAGAAACCAGUUCAAUAUGACCGCAUUAUUUGUCAGAAGAUAUCAGGUACUGAGAGAGAGAGAGAGAGAGGGGCCAUAACCGGUUUAUUUCCAAAGUGACUACUGCCUGUUGUUUGCCUGUUUUUUUUCUUUCUGGAAAAUUGAUUCUGUUCAGUGAGUAUGUUUAAUGUUCAAAUGCUUUUCCAUACUUUCAUUAAGGUGAGGUUGAGUGAAAAACUGUUAUACAUCAAGAAAAUGCAAGUAACUAAAUAUUUAAUUCAUUUAAAGGGAUAUUGCAUAUAUUCACCUAAAAUUAGCAAACCAAUUUUCUUUCUUUUUUUUUUUUUUGCAUUCAUACUUGACCAAAAUCUGUUUUCAGUUUUAUAUAAUUUGCAUUUGAAAAAUACAAUAUCUAGUAUCAAAUCUGUUUAUGGAAUAAUUAUCAGAGCUACUUCAGUUUGGGGGUUAGCAUAAGAGUUCUUUGCAAAUGAACAUGUUGGCCUAAACUUUCCACUGGUCUGACUUUAAAUCAGACUGUAGGGCAGGAUAUUUUUUAUCCUUAACUUGAUGAAAUCAUCAAAAUGCACAUUUGUCUUGCAAGACUUUGCACUAUAGGUAAAUAUGAUAUAUUUGUUUUGAGUUUUAUAGUUCAGCUGAAUGUAUUGUGCAACAAAAUGGCUGCAUUCAAGCCCUGUAAAUGUAUGAUUCAUUCAUAAUGGAUCUUGAAAAUCUUGGCAAUGUGUUAUACUUUGGAAGCAUU